GAAUAAUGAAAUGCGAUAUUACUGGUUCAUGGAAUGGGAAGAAAAUGCUGUGAAUUGGAUAAUUCUAAACCAAACGUAUCGUUAUUACUGUGUUUUGCGGUAUGGCCAUGAAGGCGGUGGAGGGAAGCGUUCGGUGUCAUUUUAAACGCAUAUAUAAUUAUGACAAAUUGAUUAAAAUAAAUUUUAAUUAUUUGGGAUGUUAUAAUGUGUUUAGAAGAUGGUAUUUCGUAACAGACUGCGAUAGAAUACGUCACAGUACAAAACUGUCAGAUGGUCAGUGGGCAUUUACAUCAGCUGUUCUUGGACUGGGUAUAGGGUUAGGUUAUUGGUUCCAAGGUGACAGUUUAAGGAAUUUUAAUUUCUUGCCAGUGGUAGAAGCAACAAAGCCAUUGGAUCCAAAUAUUGGAACAGGGGGCGAUUCAAAUAAGAAUGGUAGUCUAAGGUCCCAACAUAAUUUCAUAGCAGAUGUUGUUGAAACUGUGGCACCAAGUACAGUUUACAUUGAAAUUAAGGAUACUAGAAGGUUAGAUUUGUUUUCAGGUCAACCAGCCACUCUUUCAAAUGGUUCAGGUUUUAUAAUAAAAGAAGAUGGUUUGAUUUUAACAAAUGCCCACGUUGUGAUCAGCAAACCUCACAGUCAUGUGCAAGUAAAACUGUUUGAUGGCAGAACAUUUACUGGUAUUGUGGAAGAUGUGGAUGUCAGGUCAGAUUUGGCUACAAUUCGUAUUCCUUGUCAUAAUCUUCCAGUGCUGAAACUAGGUUCUUCACAUGGCGUGAGAUCUGGAGAGUUUGUGGUGGCAAUUGGGAGUCCAUUAUCACUCUCAAACACUGUUACAGCAGGUGUGAUCAGUUCUGUGAACCGGCCAAGUGAACAGCUUGGUCUGAGAGGCAAGGAUAUGGAGUACAUCCAGACUGAUGCAUCCAUUACGUUUGGAAAUUCUGGAGGUCCAUUGGUGAAUCUGGAUGGAGAAGUGAUUGGCAUUAAUGCAAUGAAGGUUACAGCUGGCAUCUCAUUUGCAAUACCUGUUGACUAUGCCAAGGAUUUUCUACACAAAACUGAAGAGAGGCACAAAGCUGGAGGAUCCGUGUCUUCUGUACCCAAGCGACGCUACAUGGGUAUCACAAUGCUCACAUUGACACCACAGAUAAUUCAUGAAUUGCAGGCUCGUAACCACCAAGUUCCAGAAGAUGUAACACGUGGUGUGCUUGUUUGGAAAGUUGUCAUUGGUUCACCUGCUUAUGUAGGAGGACUGAGGCCAGGAGACAUUGUGACACAUGUGAAUGGAUCUGCUGUGCAUGGAGCAAGCAACAUUUAUCAAGCACUAGAGACUGGUCAGCCCUUGAAGGUGAUUGUGAUCAGAGGAACUGAACACCUACAUAUUAAAAUCAUCCCAGAAGAUGGUUAAGACAAUGUAUAUUAAAAUAUGGUAAUAUAUUGAGUGAAAAUGAAUAAAUAAAUAAAGUGUUUUAUU